AUGGCUGGGAUCUUUCGAACCAUCUAUGACUGGCUCCUGAGGAUGUUCUGGGCCACCGAGAUGGAUGUCACCAUGAUCGGCCUGCAAAAUGCAGGCAAAUCCUCCUUGCUGCGGGUAUUGGCGGGCGGGGAAUUCACGGUCGACUCCAUUCCGACCAUCGGUUUUAAUACCAAGCGUGUCCAGAAGGGCCAUGUGACACUGAAAUGCUGGGAUCUAGGUGGUCAGCCUCGCUUUCGUCCUAUGUGGGAACGGUACUGCCGGGGUGUCAACGCGAUCGUCUAUAUCGUGGAUGCCGCCGACCGGGCGGCCUUGCCAGCGGCUACCGAUGAGCUGCACGAGCUGGUGACCAAGCCCACUCUGGAUGGCAUCCCGCUGCUCGUGCUGGGCAACAAGUCGGAUUUGCCGAACAAGCUGUCGGUGGACCAACUCAUCGAUGCGAUGGAUCUCAAGUCCAUCACGCACCGUGAGGUUAGUUGCUAUGGCAUCAGCGCCAAGGAGGAAACCAACCUUGACGCCGUGCUCCACUGGCUGAUUGCGCGCGCCAGCCGGUGA